AUGUUUCCACAAGCUGAAUUGCGAAGGUUUGAACAGGCGAUGCGUGAGGCAGCACUCAGAACUGCUGAGUUACCAGAGCAGUCCGAAACUUGGCGUCAAGAGCAUGCGGAAUAUCUGGUACCCCAACGACUCAUCAGUCACCAAAACAGUCCCAAGAUGGGCAUUAACUAUAUGCUGAAUAUCUGGCAUCCAAGUGGGUUGCUGAGACACCAGAACAAUCCCAUAUGCUCGGCGUCAACAGAACGCUCAAUAUCUGGCAUCCCAAAGAUUUGA